AUGGAACUGUUCAGGACGGCAAUAGUUCUGCCAGUUCUGGUCCUAUCUCAAGGUAACACAGUUUAAUCUAAUAUUUCUACUUUGAUUGCAUUCAAUUAUAUUAUCUUCAUUGGCUCUUUUGAAGGAAAGUAUGGCAGUUAUACUCUAUGUACAUAGAAUUGUUUGUAUGUGUUGUUUGAAAACACUAAAGAUAUGCACAUCAAAAUAGUUGGCAGAGGAGUCACCAUAUUUUAAGAUUAAUUUCUGUUUGUUUUUUAUUCAUGUCUGAAUGUACAAGAGCAUAGCGUUUUAUUCUACUUGUUGACAGCAUGUGUUGGUGUGUUCAAGCAAGGAAAUAAAAGAUUAAUACAAAAAGGGGCUGACAGGAGUGAUGCCAAUUAGGUGUAGGUUAAAUGCUGCAUAAUCUUACAGAGGAUUAGUUUACUUCCCAAUGUAAGGUGUUUACUGCAACAGCCAAUACGAUUCAUCGAACACUUAACUAGCUAAAAUUCAAAGAGCGCUUGAAGCAGCAUAAAUUUGGAGGGAAUUCAAAUCAACCAACCAUAGUAAACAAUGAUUGGGUGAAACAUAAAUGUUUUUGUAUGAAUCACUAAUUUGUCACAGAGUGAUACAUAAACAAAGUGAUAGUUCAAUAUUAAUUGCUUUCUAAGGAGGAGAGCUGUGACAUGGGUUAAAGCAUGAACAAACAAUUAUUUUGCUUCACAAAGAUUAUGCAUUAUUUGCAUUGAUUCCUCAAACAUUGCUAGUGUGAAAUUGGUGUUAAUUCAACAUUGAGCCACAGAUGUUAUUCAUGGCAUACCCAUUUAACAACUCAAUUAACCAAUUGAGGCAGUUGAUAAUAGCUGUUAUGAAAACCAAUGUAAAUAUAGUGAUUUACAGACUCCAUAUUACAGUUUACAAAAUGGAAAAUAUUAUUCUGAUUAGCGCCAAAUUCAAUAACCUGUUUGUAAUGUACCGCUGCGUGCCCUGGGUUUCAUAUAGCAUUGACAACACGUAGUAGGAUGAAAUAACUGAUUGGACAGCUGCAUUAAUACUCCCAUCUACGCAUAACUACAAUACUUUUUGAUUUAUCUUAGUUUAGUUUGUUGUUGUUGUUUGUCAUAUUUCAGCCUUACUAAAUACCGUCUACUCUGUUCCGCGGAACUUCUCUGGGUCGGGAGAGACUGAUGAGCAGCAGACAUCCAAUCUAAGUGAGUUCCUAUUUUUAUUUAAAUGGUUGGUAUUAUGCUAAAAAGAGAUUCAGAUUUGGUUCCGGAGGCCACUGCAAUCUAUAUCGAUCUUACUCUCUGAAUACCACCCCACAUAACUUCAUAAACCCCAAAUUCUAAUCCCUCGUGCCCAUCCAGUCAAAUUGCUAGGUGCAACAAACCUCAAGCAACAAUCCCGCAGAGAACUUGAUUGCUUAUACUGAGAGGGAAAUGAGAUGAGGCAAAGGCAUUUUUUUUUUUACUAUAAUGAUACAGGACACCAGCAAUUAAGCCACAGUGAGACAAUAUUUUCAUUGUUCUGAGGGUGAUGAUGAUGUGUAAGGCUCCUUUAGUACAAAGUGGGAGGAACAUCCCACACAAACAUGCUCCCUCUAACACACAAACAAAAAGAAAAAUAAGAAAAUAAUGGGUCGAUUGCAAUUCAUGUCAUAGAGGAUAUCAAAGGGUCCAGUGGAUUCAGAUUUUUAAGGAAAAUACUAUCAAGCAGUUAUUCCGUUAUAAUUAUACUACACUAACCUGAUUUUCAUUCUCUAUUUGUUGAAGCUAAAUUAAGUGCAACAUAAUAUCAAGGGUUAAAUUGUGUGAGAAAUUCCACCACAUUUAAAUAGGGCAAAAAGUGAAGACAUGGCUGAAACCUGCUCCAGUUGAAAUGCAGUACCAAAGGCUCCAGUGUCACAUGGUUUCAAACCAUCGUGAGUAUUUGGUCCCGUGGUGUUUCUAGAAUCAGGUAGGUCGGCUUCAGUGUCCCCCUCUGAAUUCACCACCCAGUGACAUUUCCACAGGACAUGACUCACAGGAUGUGGCUGCUCUGCUGAACGUCUGCAAAGAGCACAGCAAACGAUAGGCCAACAAACAGCUAGGGCAUUCAAUGUGUGUGGGUGUGUGUGUUAUGGUGUAUAACAUGUACUGUACAUGUGGUUACACUACAUGGGGAAAUAUAAAUAAACAGUCAUCUGUAUUUCACUCUCAUUGAUUAUGUAUCUCUCCAUCCCUCCAGCCAUAUCUAACCCCCCCAGGCUAUCUCAGCAUUGCUCUGGGGUUGUGGAGGUGCUCCAUCAGGGGCUGUGGAGGCCGGUGACCUUUGACCUUGGGUCUGCAGAGUGGGCCAAAGUGGCGGAGGACAUAUGUGCCAACCUGAGCUGCGGGGCAGUGUAUGAGCUCCGACAAAAUGGCACAGCUACUUUAAACUACUCCAGCUCAACGUGUCUGAGCCAGUGUGUGUACAGAGACCUACUGGUGGAGAACUGUACAGUGCUCUCACACACGGACUGCUCUAACCAGACUGAAAUAACCUGUGGUAAGACCCUCAUUACAAAGCUUAUCCUUGGAUCGGCAUAAUUGAUAUUGAGCAAGAGUAAUAGCUACCGUUGUUGAUAAGCAACCACAAACACGUUGUUGCAGUAACGCCUGCAAAAUUGCAUGCAAUGGAACGCCAUCGUAUGGGUUGUCUCGAGUGUUUUGUGGCCACUUUGCAACAAGUUCCUCCCUACAGCACACUUCCAUUUUCAAGCUGCUUUUUAAUGACCCUAAGUGAGGCCCACCUUCUAUCGAGGUUAACUGAUGAUCUAUGAACUGAUUGGUUGAUCUGUCCAUUCCUCAGGGCACCAGGCCGUGCGAUUGGCUGGAGGCAAACACCACUGUGAGGGACGGGUGGAGUUGUGGAGACAGGAAAAAUGGGGAACGGUGUGUGACGAUAGUUGGGAACCUGAGCGAUGGGGGUGUGGUCUGUGCUCAAUUGGGCUGUGGCUCUGCCCUAAAUGUGAGCGGGCAGGGCGGGUCCUUUGGAGCUGGUGUUGGUCAGGUUCUAUUAGAUGAGGUGAACUGUGGGGGGAGCGAGAGGAACCUAUGGGAGUGUCCCUCCCUGGGGACAGCCAAUGACUGUGGACACAAAGAGGACGCUGCAGUGGUUUGUUCAGGUAAGCCUGCAGCUAUAAUAUUAUCAUUGUCAGUUACUGUAUUCACAAUCAUGUCAUUAAAAACAUUUUAAACGUGAAUGGAAUCUAAGUCAAUGUCAUGCCCACUCUUUAAAAUAGCUAUGCUAUAUCAUAGUGUUUGUACAUUCUCCUUAGAUUCGUUUGAAUAUGGAUAGUGCAGUAAUAACAUGUAAAACACAUUACCAUGAUUGAACAUCCGGUGUCUUGGUGGCGAACCAAUUCCCGCUGAUUUCUAGCACGCUAAACGCUGUUGACAAUCAGGGUUCUGAUGAUUGCGAGUCAAGAAUGAUUUGGCUCGUGACCUUAUCAGUGUGUCUGAAUGGAUAGCACUCAGUGUCUCAGUCACACUCAGCACUGAUACUGACGAACAAGCUUCAAAUCCUCCUACAGUAAUGCAGAGAUCAGGAGACGUGAGAGAGGUCAUAAGCCAAAAAGAGACCGCUGCUUUGCAUUCUAAUUUUGUUAUUUUCAUUAACGAAAAAAAAGAAACACACAGAGGCAGCACAAAAACACAUAGGCCUAAGUAAUGCAUGUCACUAAGAAAGUAGACAAACCACGUCAAUACCUCGUCGCAACAGCACUGUCUGAGGAAGACCCUCAAUGAAAGAUGUUCAACCUGGGAGCCAAGUUCCUUGGUGAGAACACAUCCAAACUGCCUUGACUUCAACAUAACAACAGUUGUUCGGCACUUCCAUGGGUUUUGAAUCUUGCAUCUAAAUGAACAAUUUUUGCUAAAUUUAUAUUGUGUGUUUUAGUGUGUCUAAAACUCCACUUAUGUCAAGGCCAUGGCUUGUUGACCAUGUUUCCGAUCCAUUUCAAACACUUCAAAAAAUAGUUCAUUAUUUAGGCCUACUCAAAAGGCUACAUCCAUCAAUUUUUCAAGAGAAAACGCACACAUUCCUGGCAGUAAUUGCCAAAUGACUGACUGAAAUGUCAAACUUUUGAAUAAGAGUCAGAUAUUGGUUCAAUAGAUCAUUAGAUACACAGAUGGACAAACACAACUCCUCUUGGAUUUACCAUUUUUGAGGAAAUGUUUUUUAAACAAACCUUUUCCCCAUCUUUCAGUGUGUGUCUUGAACACUCAGGAGAAGUAAUCCAUGAAUCUGUUAUACCUUACAGUUUUCUAACACCUCUAGGCUUUUUCCAUUUCCCUGACAGGAAUUCCAUCUCAGUCAGGCAACGAGACGGCAGAACAGAACACCCAGACUUCAACCGAAGGUACAGUUAUAUGCUGACACACAUGACCCUCCAUCUGUAUAAUAAUACACCAAGUGUCUGCUCUGCUCAUAUGAAAAUGUCAAGAAGAAUCUGUUAUCUAGUCUGUACUCUGCACUAUGAUUUGUUCUUGUUUCCAGCAGGCUCAGUUCUACUAGUCACCAGUGCAGAGAGCUGGUCCUCUCCUCCCACAGCUGCUGUCUGGGGCUGCAUCGCAUUGUCUAUAGCCCUCCUCCUCACAAUCAUCUCCAAUGCUUUACUCUUCCUGUCUUACAGGAGGAGAGCUGGUGAGUCAUCGUUUUGUUCUCUCUUUUUCUUUCUCUUUCAUUGCCUCAGACUCAACUGUCACUCUCCCCAUUUGUUCACACAAACAACAACAACAAACAUGCUAUCAUCAAUGAGCAGUAAUUAACACUGAGAAACUGCUUUGUCUGAAGGGUUUUACAUAUUCUUCUCAAUGGUUUGCCAAUUAUGAUAAUACCACAACACAAUGCAAUGCGAUUCAAUAUAGUACACAAAGGAAGUCACCAAACUGGAACAGUAUGCAUACCAUUGGGUUGGUUGAUUGCUCAUUAAGAGAAUCCCAUCACCAGUGUUGUUUUCACACUGACUUAAAAAAACAGCAUAUAUUAUUUCACAGGGAUGAUAAUGCUUUGAAUAUGUGCCAAAUGUGACAGUGGUCUAAUUAAAAUAUUUAAUUGGUUUUGAGAUGUAUUGUCCUUAUUCCUUAUAAAAGACAACAAAGGCCAACAAACCUAUUAUCCUAGCGUCGGUACAUAGAAGUUUCAAAGGCAAAACUCUAUGUACAGUUGAAGUCGGAAGUUUACAUACACCUUAGCCAAAUACAUUUCAACUCAGUUUUUCCACAAUUCCUGACAUUUAAUCCUAGUAAAAGUUCCCUGUCUUAGGUCAGUUAGGAUCACCACUUUAUUUUAAGAAUGUGAAAUGUCAGAAUAAUAGUAGAGAGAAUUAUUUAUUUAAGCUUUUAUUUCCUUCAUCACAUUCCCAGUGGGUCAGACGUUUACAUACACUCAACUAGUAUUAGGUAGCAUUGCCUUUAAAUGGUUUAACUUGAGUCAAACGUUUCGGGUAGCCUUUCACAAGCUUCCCACAAUAAGUUGGGUGAAUUUUGGCCCAUUCCUCCUGACUGAGCUGGUGUAACUGAGUCAGGUUUGUAGGCCUCCUUGCUCGCACAUGCUUUUUCAGUCCUGCCCACAAAGUUUCUAUAGGAUUGAGGUCAGGGCUUUGUGAUGGCCACUCCAAUACCUUGACUUUGUUGUCCUUAAGCCAUUUUACCACAACUUUGGAAGUAUGCUUGGGGUCCUUGUCCAUUUGGAAGACCCAUUUGCGACCAAGCUUUAACUUCCUGACUGAUGUCUUGAGAUGCUCCCGAGUGGCGCAGUGGUCUAAGGCACUGCAUCGCAGUGCUAGCUGUGCCACUAGAGAUCCUGGUUCGAAUCCAGGCUCUGCUGUAGCCGGCCGCAACCGGGAGACCAAUGGGGCGGCGCACAAUUGGCCCAGCGUCGUCCAGGGUAGGGGAGGGAAUGGCCGGCAGGGAGGUAGCUCAGUUGGUAGAGCAUGGUGUUUGCAACGCCAGGGUUUUGGGUUCGAUUCCCAUGGGGGCCAGUAUGAAAAUAAAAAAGAAUAAUGUAUGCACUAACUGUAAGUCGCUCUGGAUAAGAGCGUCUGCUAAAAAUGACGUUAAAUGUUGCUUCAAUAUAUCCACAGAAAUUUCCUUCCUCAUGAUGCCAUCUAUUUUGUGAAGUGCACUAGUCCCUCCUGCAGCAAAGCACCCCCACAGCAUGAUGCUGCCUCCCCUGUGCUUCAUGGAUGGGAUGGUGUUCUUCGGCUUGCAAGCCAUCCCCUUUUUCCUCCAAACGUAACGAUGGUCAUUAUGGCCAAACAGUUCUAUUUUUGUUUUAUCAGACCAGAGGACAUUUCUCCAAAAAGUACGAUCUUUGUCCCCAUGUGCAGUUACAAACCGUAGUCUGUCUUUUUUAAUGGCGGUUUUGGAGCAGUGGCUUCUUCCUUGCUGAGCGGCCUUUCAGGUUAUGUCGAUAUAGGACUAGUUUUACUGUGGAUAUAGAUACUUUUGUACCUGUUUCCUCCAGCAUCUUCACAAGGUCCUUUGCUGUGUUUCUGGGAUUGAUUUGUACUUUUCGCACCAAAGUACGUUCAUCUCUAGGAGACAGAACGCGUCUCCUUCCUGAGUGGUAUGACGGCUGCGUGGUCCCAUGGUGUUUAUACUUGCGUACUAUUGUUUGUACAGAUGAACGUGGUACCUUCAGGCAUUUGGAAAUUGCUCCCAAGGAUGAACUAGACUUGUGUAGGUCUACAAUUUUUUUUCUGAGGUCUUGGCUGAUUUCUUUUGAUUUUCCCAUGAUGUCAAGCAAAGAGGCAUUGAGUUUGAAGGUAGGCCUUGAAAUACAUCCACAGGUACACCUCCAAUUGACUCAAAUGAUGUCAAUUAGCCUAUCAGAAGCUUCUAAAGACAUGACAUCAUUUUCUGGAAUUUUCCAAACUGUUUAAAGGCACAGUCAACUUAGUGUAUGUAAACUUCUGACCCACUGGAAUUGUGAUACAGUGAAAUAUAAGUGAAAUAAUCUUUCUGUAAACAAUUGUUGGAAAAAUGACUUGUGUCAUGCACAAAGUAGAUGUCCUAACCGACUUGCCAAAACUAUAGUUUGUUAACAAGAAAUUUGUGUUGUGGUUGAAAAACAAGUUUUAAUGACUCCAACCUAAGUGUAUGUAAACUUCCGACUUCAACUGUACUUUCCCUUCAUUACUAGCACUUCUGGUUCACCAAAGGCAAGAUGGCCACCUGCUGUCCACCCAGUCUCAACACACUGACCAAGGGGAGAGAGUCAACCUUCUCACAGUCACCACGGACACAGCUGAUUACAGUGAGUUCCUACUGAUGCACUUGUCCUCUUUGUGCCCAUUAGGUACUUGCAAUUUUAGGAAAUGUCUUAUUAGUUCAAGUGUCCCAUUUGUCAGAAUACAUUUUCUCUGUGGCCUUUCAUGCAGCUCCACAGUACCUUUCCCAACGGCCCUCUCAGAAUGACACUGACACCGCGUGUGACUCUGACUAUGAAAACUAUGACUUCAGUGACCAACCCUCUGUUGCCAUGGCUACUGCACUUGGUCAGUUCAUCUUCAUAGUUUUGGAUAAAUAGUACAAUUGUAAAAUAAAAAAGAUGGGAAGUGACACGUGGCUAUUAAGGGAGAAAGUGGUCCAAGACUUGCUCGCAGUGCCAACCAAAUGGUCUUUUACGUUUUCAUUAGUCAGGGUCCUUGACAAUGGAGUAAGCACAAGCAGAGAGCCAUGGGAAACCACGCAGACAGCAGAGACCUCUGACACUCCUGAGAAAUAUAAUAUUGUUGCUGAGACAAUCAACGGCAUUGAGAGAAAUAACCCUGCCAUCCAAAGCCGUAAGUUACUGUUGGGUUGGGUGACCCAGAUUUUUACCAUUAUCAUAUUGUGUCCAUGUCUGACAUGUUUCUUCUUAGUCUUAAAAGGACAUAAUGUCCUCCUAAAAUCUGAGACUUUACUACAACCUUUUGGAGAAUAAGGAAUCAGAAAAGUUAUAGUUUGCUAAAACUUGCCAUGGUGACAGAAAAGUUGAAUAAGAGCCCUAUUGUAACAUACUAACAACCAUUUGUAUGUCCAGUGCAUUCACUGUUGUCAUCCAGCACGUCUUCUGGGGAAUGCUAUGAGAACAUUGAGACACUGGAGAAGGAGCUGUUGGGCUCAGGUCAGUCUAAAAUGCUGGAACAAAUAAACAAAACAACAUUCUUGUAGUCCAAAAAUGCAUUUGUGGAGUCAGUCAGUGCAUUUAUGAAAUCCAUUCUCAUUAAUCAAUGAUAACAUAGUAACUGUAUGGAAUGCUAACCACCCAGGUCCAGAUUUGAGAGAAGCUGCCCUCACAGACUUGAUCUGUAGAAGAGAGCCAUCCUUGGGAUCGAGUAGUAGUACAUCAUCUGGGGAAUCCUACGAGAACGUGGGGAUGGCUGUCGAACAGCAUCUACAGUCAGGUCCGUUCCAAGUCAAUAUUACGUGAACAACAACAACACCUAAUGAAUCUGGCUGUGUCUAAGCACAGAACAUAGACACAACAGCAAAGGCUUUUUGCACUACAGAACAGUACAUGAAAGAACUGUCUAGAAAGUUUCUGGGAGAAAAUAUGUAGAUUCGUAAUUACUUCACUGGGAGCACAUUUUCUCAUUUUCUCCUCAGAGAACACCUAUACACCUUCCGCUGUGCAAUCAACCAGUACACACCAGGAUCAGCAACAGCCUGCGACCAGUAG